GUGCGCUGGGCCCGGCGGUAGUGUGCGCUCUGCCGGCUCCUUUGGGUCACCCAGCUCCCACCGAGCAGCGCCGGGCCCAAGCGGCGGGUCUAUUGCGGGUCUAUUGCGGGUCUAUUGUGGGUCUAUUGUGGGUCUGUGCGGCUCUCCCUGCGGAGGAGGCGGCGGCCGCCGGUGGGGAGGGAGAAGCGCGUUGCACCGCCUGCCCCGCCCGCCACUUCCCGGCGGAGCCAGCGCCACGUCUCGGGCUGCAGCCGGGCGGACACAGAGAAUGCAGCUCCUUGCUGAUCACAGCUUUGGCUGGAAGCUGUUUUCAUGAUCUGGAAUCAUCAGCUGCCUGCUGCUCACCAACAGCUGAAAGCCUCAGAACCGUGCCCCCACAUCUUGAUGCUCUUGUUGCUGAUGGAGAGAAACCGGACUUGUUAGUUUGCUUGGCAGCACGUUUAGAAGAAAUACUUUCCUGCGAUCUGGAUCGUUUUUACCAUGGAAUCGUCGUCCGUGCAGCAGGAUGUUCUGUUGGACAACAGGAGCAGCAAUGGGGCUCCUGGCACCUCUCAAGAACAUGGGGAUUGUGAUGCCAAGUCAGCUUUGAGUGCUUCAGGAGAUGAAGCAAACACCACCAGUGUUAACCUCAGCGAAGUGCCAAAGGAAGAGGGAAGUCUGGAGCUAAACAGCAAAGCGGACGCCUGCCAGAAUGGGCCAGAGUCGCUCUUCCCUGACUCUCCCAUCUCUUUUGAUCCCACCAGCAGUCCUCAGGGUCAAGAGUCAUCCCCAGGCUCAGUAGAGUCUUCCCUUCCAUUGGAGAAUGAAGAACAAAUACGACUUCAAGCAAGAAGACGGCUAGAAGAGCAGCUCAGACAGUACAGGGUGAAGAGACAUCAAGAAAGAUCUAAUCAGUCUACAUCCAAGAGCCGGCCCUCCAGCACUCUAGAUCCUGAGCUGAUGUUAAAUCCAGAGAUCUUACCAAGGGCGAGCACUGUGGCAAUGACGAAAGAAUACUCCUUUUUGCGGACCAGUGUCCCCAGGGGGCCGAAACUGGGAAGCUUGGGACUUCCAGCAUCUUCAAAAGAGAGAAAAAGUUCAAAGUCUUCAAAGUCCAGUAAGAUCCGGUCCUUGGCUGACUACAGAACUGAAGAUUCAGGCUCGGGAAGUUCUGCAGGGAAUCCUGUGGCUACUGAUUUACCUGGUGGGACUUUGAAGCAAAGCAGAAGUGGUCCAGCAUCAGUUGUUUCUGAGAUUAGUCUGCCUUUUGACGCAGACGAUCGAAUUGACAGUUCCUCCUUGGCAGGAGAUAGCAUUUCAGAGAUUGAUGGAAGCGAAGCUGGGAUGAGGCUGGAUGGAAAUGAAAGCGACAGCUCUACCUACAGCAGCGUAUCAGGAAAAGGGCUGUAUAGCAAUUUACCAAAUUCAGAAGGCAAACAGGGAAUUCCAUAUACAAUAAAUGGUCAGAAGAUACAUCCCGAUGCGAUAGGGCAGUUUCCUUCCAUCAGUGAAGUGCUGCAGGCUGCAGCAGUGGAGCACCAGGCCCAGGAGCGAGAAUUUAAUGGGGAAAUACGGAGCCGGAGAGACAGUAUUUCUAGCAGUGUAUCUAUGGAAAGCUCUGUCGCAGGAACUCAUGACGAAAUGUUGCAGGUGCUAAAGGAGAAGAUGAGACUUGAAGGACAACUGGAGGCACUUUCAGUAGAAGCUAAUCAGGCUCUGAAAGAGAAGGCUGAGCUACAGGCCCAACUUGCAGCUUUGAACAUGAAGCUUCAGGCGCAGGUGGAGCACAGCCAAAGCAGCCAACAGAAGCAGGAAUCACUGAGCUCUGAAGUGGCCACAUUAAAGCAGUCUUGCUGGGAUCUGGAACGAGCAAUGGCUGACCUGCAAAACACCUUGGAAGCAAAGAAUGCUAGUUUGGCUUCUUCAAAUAAUGACCUGCAGCUAGCAGAGGAGCAGUACCAAAGACUCAUGCUGAAAGUUGAAGAUAUGCAAAAAAGUGUUCUCACCAGAGACAGCACAGUUCAUGAUCUGCGGCAGCAGUUAGCUUCCUUACAGAACCAACUUCAGAAAGUGCAGCUGGAACGGACCACGCUGACCAAUAAGCUGAAAGCAUCUGAAACUGAAAUCACUUCUCUCCAAAAUGUGCGACAGUGGUACCAGCAGCAGCUGGUUCUCGCCCAGGAGGCUCGAGUCAGGCUGCAGAGCGAGAUGGCUAAUAUACAGGCUGGGCAGAUGACCCAAGCAGGUGUGUUGGAACAUCUCAAACUAGAGAAUGUGGCAUUGUCUCAGCAGCUGACUGAAACCCAGCACAGAUCUAUUAAAGAAAAGGAACGUAUUGCGGCACAGCUACAGAAUAUUGAGGCUGACAUGUUGGACCAAGAAGCUGCCUUCAUGCAGAUCCAAGAGGCUAAAACCAUGGUGGAAGAAGACUUGCAGAGAAAACUAGAGGAGUUUGAGGAUGAGAAAGAACAGCUUCAGAAAAUGGCUGAUUCUGCAGCAACGUUGGAGCAAGAGCUGGAUCAGGUCAAACUGACUUUGCAUCAGAGAGAUUUGCAGCUUGAAUCCUUACAGCAAGAGCACCUAGAACUAAUGAAACAAUUCACCAUGACCCAAGAGACAUUGCAUACCAAAGAACAGACCCUGGAUGACCUGCAAACUCAGUAUGAUGAGCUGAAGGCCAGAUUGGAAGAGUUCCAAAGUGACGCUACUUCUAAAGAUGACAUGAUACAGUAUUUGCAAAAUGAGAAGAUUGUCUUGGAAGUAGCUCUGCAGACAGCAAAAGCAAACCAAGAGCAACUUGAUGAAGGAACAAAACGCCUUGGAGAAGAUACAGAAGUAACAUCAGAAAUCUUGGAUCAGUUGAGGCAAGAAAUGGCAAUCAAGUCAAGCCAGGUGGAAAAUCUGCAACAGGAAAAUGGCAGCCUUAAAAAACAGGUUCAGAAAGUGAAGGAGCAGUUCCUACAGCAGAAGGUGAUGGUGGAAGCUUAUCGGAGAGAUGCAAGUUCUAAGGACCAGCUGAUUAGUGAACUGAAAGCUACAAAGAAGCGUCUAGACUCAGAAGUGAAAGAGUUAAAACGAGAACUACUACAUAUUCAAGUAGAAAAACAGUCACUUGAAUCGGAACAUUCAAAACUACAGAAGGAAGUGACUGAGGUUCACCAGCAGAUGGUGGAAAUAGAAGAUCGUCUUCAGUCAGCGCAGAAAGAACGAGAUGAAAUGGAAACACGCCUACAGUCUCUGCAGUUUGAUAAGGAGCAAAUGGCAUCUCUUGCUGAGGCAAAUCAGACAUUAAAACAGCAAGUAGAACAAAUGCAAGAAGAAGCAAAGAAGGCCAUUACUGAGCAGAAGCAGAAAAUGAAGCGUCUAGGGUCAGAUCUGACAAGUGCUCAGAAAGAGAUGAAAGCAAAGCAUAAAGCCUAUGAGAAUGCAGUCAGCAUUCUGAGUCGGCGCCUGCAGGAAUCCCUCACUGCAAAGGAGUCUGCUGAAGCAGAGCUGAGCAAGCUAAAAGCACAAAUCGCUGAUGGUGGAAGCAACCAGAUUGCUCAAGAAAGGAUUCGAGCCCUGGAGACAGAGUUGCAAGCUGUUAGAAGCAGUAAGUUGAUGCUGGAAAAAGAGUUGCAAGAAGUGAUUUCACUUACCAGCCAGGAGCUUGAGGAAUACAGAGAGAAAGUGCUGGAACUUGAGGAUGAGCUUCAGGAAUCCCGAGGGUUCAGGAGGAAGAUAAAACGUUUAGAAGAAAUUAACAAGAAGUUGGCCCUUGAACUGGAACAUGAACGUGGAAAGCUCACAGGCCUUAGUCAGUCUAACGCUGCUUUGCGAGAGCACAACAAUGUUCUAGAAACAGCAUUAGCAAAAAGAGAAGCAGAUUUGGUCCAGCUAAAUCUACAGGUUCAGGCAGUCCUAAAGCGGAAGGAGGAAGAGGACCAGCAAAUGCAACAACUUAUUCAAGCUUUACAGGCUUCCUUGGAGAAAGAAAAGUCAAAAGUUAAGGACCUUAAGGAGCAGGUAGCAGCAGCCAAAGCAGAUGCAGCACACAACCGCCGGCAUUACAGAGCUGCUGCCCUUGAGCUCAAUGAGAUCAAGAAAGAGCUACAUGCCAAAGAACUGCUUGUCCAAGCCCUUCAGGCUGAAGUGGACAAACUGCAGGCAGAGGAUGAGAAGCAUUCCCAGGACGUAUCACAGUUUCAGCAAGAGCUGGCAGAAGCUCGAUCUCAGCUUCAACUUCUGCAGAAAAAGCUGGAUGACAAGCUUAGUGAACAGCCUUUAGUAAGCCAAGAGGUGGAAGACCUCAAGUGGGAAGUAGAACAAAAAGAAAGAGAAAUUGAAACACUUAAGCAGCAGUUGGAUAUGAGUGAGCAGCGCAGCCAUAAGGAACUGGAAGGGAUGCAAGCUGUCCUGCAGAAUAUCAAGACUGAGUUGGAAAUGGUGAGAGAAGAUCUGUCGGUGACUCAGAAGGAUAAGUUUAUGCUGCAGGCUAAAGUGAGUGAACUGAAGAACAGCAUGAAGUCACUGCUGCAGCAGAACCAGCAACUGAAGAUGGACCUGAAGCAUGGCAAGAUGAAGAAGAGGAAAGGAGAGAACAAUUCUUCAAACCCUGUAACUCCAGUGAAGAUUCCGGAUUGCCCGGUGCCUGCUGCCUUGCUGGAAGAGCUGUUAAAACCAUCGACAGCUGUGAGCAAGGAGCCUUUAAAAAAUCUGAACAGCUGUCUGCGGCAAUUGAAGCAAGAAAUGGACAGUCUUCAGCGUCAGAUGGAGGAACACACCAUUACAGUGCAUGAAUCAAUGUCUUCAUGGACUCAGAUUGAGGAGCAGCUAAUGGACUUUACCUCCACUAGUCCUGCAACUGCUUCAGACCAGCAGGAGCGUCCUGCUUUGGCUGAGAAGAAACAGAAUUGCGAUGUUAACAGCAAGGAAGCUUUGACACUAUAACCUCCUCAGCAGUCGUCUUUCUUCCUAUUGCUUUAAGUGUGUAAACAAAUCUUUAUCAGAAGUAUUUAUUUAUUUCAUUUUUAAAAUGGUCUUCAGAAUUUUGCUUUUGCCUGUAGAAUUCAAGGGCACAGUUUUGAGAAGCCGGUAUAAUAGUAAGUGCAGAAUGUGCUGUUCUAAGGGUUUGUUUGAAACCUUACUUUAAUGAAACUUUACUGUAAUAAUUCUACCAUACUGGGGAUGGCCGAGUGAGAGGUCUGGUUUGUUUGGGUUUGAAGGCUUACACUGAGCCCCAGAAGAGCAUCUGCUUCCAGGUCUGCAUUUGUUUAAUCUGGGUACGUUUGUUAGCAGAUGGUGGUUGGUUACGCUUCAUCUGUUUUUUGUUCUGUUUGGCUCUUUUUCCUUUGGGUUGGGGGUCAGAUUGUUGUUUUUUUUCUCCCCCUGUGGGCUGUGCCCAGAGCACAGAAAACAGAAGUCCUGCUCAUGUUCAGCUGCAGGCAGUGGUAGAAAAAUGGUUACUCCUACUUAGUUGUUUGGAAGGAGGAUGUUCUAUAAUCUCUUAUUCUUUAAAUUUGAGAUUACAGGUGUCCAUAUUUAGAAGUGAAAGAAAGAAGGAAGAAUUUGAAGCCCUUUCUAGUCAUGAAGAUGACAGAACAUUGGCAGUGUUGCCUGGGAUGUUUUCUUAAGUGUCACAGUUUCUCUCUUACAGUUGCAGGCCAGUAGGGAGCUUUGCUUCACUGCACAAACACUUCUUGCACCUUUUUAGUUCGAGUUUUGAAGUAGACAUCCUUGAUUAAAGGUAUGCUUGUAAUAUAUAUUUAUAUAUAUACAUAUAUAUAUAUAUAUAUAUAUAUAUAUAUAAAAGAAAAAAAUCACGAUUUUCUGACUGUUUUAAUAUGCAUAUAUACUGUAAGUCAAGGCUGACAUGAGGCUGGUUCUUUUGUUGUUGUCUGUUACAUUUUAAGUUUGCUGGGUUUUGACAUGCUGUCAGAUGGCUUAGGGAAGUUAUCCCCCAAAGCCAGAGCUUUUAGAUAUAUAAUUAUUUUACUUUAAAAGACAGAAUUAUAAUGCCUAUAAAAUUAUUAUUUUGAUUAUCUUCUCCAACACACUUAACCCCCUCCCUCCCCUUUGUAUCCUCUAUUAUAAGGUGUCCACUGUGAGUGGAAGUGGCACUAUGGCGCCUUAGCUAAGUUAUUAUUAAAGCAGUCCUUCUCCUUUGGCCCCAUGGGCCUGCGUGGCUCGGAGUGCAGUGGUAAACCCCUCAUUUGAAAACUGCUGCAGAGGUAAUGAUUCAUGUAGAUUGCUAAGGCACAGAUCAGAAUAUACAGGAUGUUCUGCGGGAAGAGUGAGUGGCAACUUGUGCCAGCAUGGCUUUGUCUUUGAAACAGAACACAGGUCAAUUGUAUUCACUGUAGGCUGGUAUGAAAAAUGAUCUUAACUUGUGUUUUGUGGAGUCAGAGUCACGCGAUGCUGAAAGUCAAGCUUUUUAAGUUAGCAAAGGGAGAAAUGCCUUAGGGUCACGUUAGGUUCCCGACAUGCAGAAUUACUGACGAAUUUAAAGAAAAGCCAGAAGCUUUACUGACUGGCUUAAACAUGUUACUGUCUGCAAACCACUGCAGUCCACUUUGCAGAGUCAAUGGUACUGAUAAUCUCGCUGCUGUCAUGUUCUUGAAGUUGCCUGUAUAUUAAGCUCUAAGAAGAAAACAAUAUGCAGUGUUGUUAAAUAACAAAAUCAAAACUACAUAACAAAUAAUACGUUCAGUACAGAAAGUCAUCCAAUGUUGAGGAUUUUAAAUAAAAUAACACUUGUGCAGGGUUAAUGUUGGUGUUCAUUUUGGUAAAUACGUUGCAUACAGUUAAUCCAUUAUGUUUGAAUCUCUGAAGUUUGCCAACAGUUGCAUAGAUAAAGCUUUUAUCUGAUCUCAAAGAAGCCAGAAUUGUUAGAAACCUUCGUAGGUCUUAAGAAUGUCUGCUCUCCUUUUUGUAUCGGUGCUGCGUUCUGGUUUUGGUACAGCCUGUGUGAAAGCACCGCGCUCCUUAUGGAGACAGCUGAGUUGGUGCAGUCAAGUAGUUGUAGGUGCAUAUUUUUCUUUCUAAAGAUGAAGGAGCUCUUGUGAAAUCCCGAGAUGAGAUUUCAGCAUUGACUGAACACGCUCUCUGCAGAGGCUCUCAUCUCUUGCUGUCUGGGCAGUGAACAAAGUAGUUACUGGAAUGAGAAGCGAGUCCCCUCUGGAUGUCUGAGAGCUGCCAGGUGUGUCAGAAGAGCAUCAGUGCCUUGCUGGUAUCACUGGGCUUCAGAAACUGGACAAUAUGAUCUCAAAGAUUUUUUUUUUCCCUUUCUUGCUCUUUGAGGAGAAGGUAUUUUCCUUGUCUGUCUGUCAGCAGUUGUUACCCACUGAACAAGGCUUCUCGAUGAAGUUGCUGUAAAGUGAGAAUGUUUCCCAGGUGUUGAAAGCUGUUAAAGGCUGUACUGUUGUGUACUGUUGGUUUCCAAAUGCUGUUGGGUUUUUUGGAGGCUCUGGAAAAACUGCAUUAAACCAACAACCAAACAGCCCGUUAGUUCCUGCCUGUGACGUUGCUGAACAUUGUGAUGUUCCAUUCUGUCGUCUUCCAGAUGUCUUGGAAUUACUUGUACACUGUACAGGGGCCAGCUGAGCCCUGCAUCCGCUCAUGCAAUAGAGGAUCUGAUCCCAUGCCGGUCAGUCAGGCAACAUCCUAUCUGAAAUGUAUGGCAUCGCCACAGGUAUGAAGAGCAGAGUAUUACCCAGAAUGGAAGUUGGACUGCUGGUGUUCUCAUGGGUUACCUUUAAUGGGUUACUUUUACCUCCUUAGGGGAGUGAAACGCAGCAGCACAAGUGUGGUUGUGACACCAGGGGUGCACUGGGUGCACACAGUGCUGUCAGUACCAAGUGAACUCGGGGCUGAUGUGCUCACUACUGGUGAUGCACAGCUUGUGUGUGUGUUCCAAUAACUCCACCAGGUGAAGUGUGAGCACUUUGCAUGUCACCUGCUGCCACCAGGGCCUUUAUUACAAUACAAUACCAGUCCAAAUUACGGAUGCUCAUUAGCCAUCAGUCUGAUCCCACUGGUUUCCCACUGCUGCGUAACACUCCAGCCCAAUUUUCAGUACCCAUGCACAGGUCCCUGGGGGAGAUGGAGGUGUUGAGUGUUGUAAAAGCAGCGUUAUGUUUUAUACGUGAUGCUCAUUGAUGUGUAGGCCGGGUGUGUAAAGGUGGGAGCUGGUAAUUUGUGUUGUGAGGGGACGACCCGGGGAUGGAGGAGUGAUGCUCUGUACGGCUGUGUACGAUCACACAAAGCAUGUUGGUUACAAAAUGAUGUGCAUAGGGAUUCCUUGAAAAGUUUUGUGCAAUAAACUAUUUUUGGUAAAGGG